AUGUCAGCCAGUAAGCCAACCCUCUGGGGAUUAUUAUCUGACACUUAUGUUGUGAUUAGAUCUCAUUUCCUCCAUUUUCUGGUCCUAGCAGCCUUCUUCAUCUUCCCCAGCUCCAUUCUAUCCAUCAUUUACCCCCUUUUUGUGCCCCAAGCUCCAUCUAAUCUCAGUUUGCAUCAAUCCCUCUUGUUCACUACCCCUUCAGAGCUUCAUGAUGAGAUCCCUCCAACUGGUGACUUCCAGUUCCUUAUUCCAUUUCUUUUUGGGCUUGUUGAAACACUCUUCUAUCUAUGUGCUAUAGCUUCUAUCACCUACAGCACUUUUGGUAGCUUAAACGGCAAGCCCUUGAAGCUUAUUCUUUCACUGAAAUCAGUUCUGGUUUCAUUCCUCCCUCUUCUUGCAACCACCGUUGUUCUUCAAUUAAUUUAUGUAUUGAUAGUUAUUGCUUUUGUUAUUCUUGCCUUAUUGUCGUACAAUGCGAUUUCACUGAUGGGAUUCGUCAUGGACUAUGACACUGGAUAUUUUCUUGCCUUUGUUAUGUUGCUGUCUGCUCUGCUUGUCUUGGCAAUACUUUACUUGCAGGUGAAGUGGUUUCUUGCAACAGUCGUCGUGGUACUGGAAUCCAAAUGGGGUUUCGAGCCAUUGAAAAGAAGCACAUAUUUGGUGAAGGGGAUGAAAGGGAUGGUGCUUUCGACGAUUUUAGUGCUUGCAACUCCUAGUUUUCUGCUGUCAUUUGGUUUCUACAGAUUGAUAACCUCCAUGAGUGCAGGUGGAAUCAGUUGGAGCUAUGCAGUGUUGGCUACUCUCUUUUCAGUCAUUGCAACUAUGUUGCAACUAUUUGAUGUGGCUGCAAUAACAGUUAUGUAUGCUUAUUGCAAAGCUUGGCAUGGCGAAGACACAUCUAUGAUCGACGAGGAAUUGGGAAUGGGCUACGCUAAACUGUCUGCCAAUUGA